CCGGACGUUGUUACGUCACUCGGAAUACCUUCGGCGCUUUCCGGUGAGUUUCUGACGACACCGCGGUACUUUCGGUACUUUCCGGUUGACGUAAGACGUCACCCGGAAUACCUUCGGAAUCUUCCGGACGGUGUAAGACGUCACCCGGUACACCAUCGGCACCUCUCGGGCAAUGCCGGUGGGGAAAUUUUCGGCUCUUUCCGAGCGACCGUCGACGUCAUCACGGCAGCAUCGGCGUUCUCCGGACGAUGCUUGACGUCGCCGUGGCUGUCCUCGAUUAUUUCCGACCUCGCGUGCGCCCAUUCCGAGGAAGCCGGUCGUCGGACGUUCGGGACGCUUCCGGUCUGUGGGUCCGGGCUGUUUCCGGUCCGCCGCUCGUGUGUUUACGUCACCGCUCGGCUCCAGCCGGUCCGCCCUUCGGCUACGUCCGCCGCCGCUCGGGUAUUCCCGGAAGGUCCUGUUGAGGAGGGGGCCCCCGUCGCGGAAGUCGGGAAGGGGGCACAUUUAAAGGGGCAGUCCACCCGCUGGCUUCCCACCCCCACACAACAGGGGACAAACCAGGGACGGUGCAGGCGCUGCAUCAAGGGACAGGGAGGGAGAGUAGCCCCUCUUUCCUCAACUGCACAUCAGGUGCCAGGUCCGGUUUCGGUGUGUGGGAUGUGUGAGCCUGUAGCCCCCUCGUUGCCGGCCCAGGAGAUACGCUGCGUGCUGCACUGGUUCUCGGGUUGGAGCUCGUGCCAGCGCCGGACGUUUGUGGCUGAGCUGGUGAAGAGGGCAGUGCCGGCCAAGGUGUGCUGUUUGUUGGAGGGUUUUGGUGGCCUGGCAUUGAGUGACCGACCCCCCAGCCUUUUCCAGUGCCAGCUGCGGCUGUGGGCGCGGUGGUUCGAUGGAUGGACGGAAGACCAACGUAACGAGCUGCUCGCGGGUCUGGAGGAGCUCGCUCCCGAAUACGCUGAUCGCUUCUACCAGGAGUUAGCAUCCACUGCGGGCAGGGAGUGACCCGGGGGGGGGGGGGGAGUGCCCCUGGGGGGGGGGGGGGCUGUGUCUGUAACACGCUGUGUCCGCAAUAUCGCACUAUUCCAAUCAGAACUGGAAAUCCGCAAUAAAAUAUUCUCUCUGUCUCUGUGUCCCUCUGUCUCCCUGUGUCUCUGUCUCUGUGUCCCUCUGUCUCCCUGUGUCUCUGUCUCUGUCUCCCUGUGUCUCCGUGCCCCUCUCCGUCUCCCUGUGUCUCCGUCUUCCCCCGCACCCCCCACCCCCUUGCUCAGGGCCCUAAUCUGAUGGGGGAUCCGUGCCCACUGUGAAAGGUUCUUUCUGGGUCACUGUGCCCAUGCCCCCCAGCGUGUACCCUUCCCCUGGCCCGGUACAGCCUGUGGUAAAUCCCAGCUCCCA